AUGCGGGCUUCUCCGAAUCGGUGCCACUCUGCUGCUCACGACUACCUUGGUGCUGAGGAGGUCGGGGCUGCUUCCGCUCCUAGUGGGAAGCGUCGCGGCAGCAGGGGCGGCAAGGGUGGCAGGGGAGGAGGGGGUGGCGGUGGAGGUGGCGGUGGAGGAGGCGGCGGGGGAGGUGGAGGUGGUGGAGGCGGUCGUGGGGGUGGAGGUGGUGGAGGUGGUGGUGGGGGCAGCGGAGGCACUGGGAGCGGUGGAGGUGGCAGCAGCGGCGGUGGGGGAGGAGGGAGCGGUGGUGGAGGUGGUGGAAAGGGCCAGCAGCAGUCGCAGCAGCAGCAGCAGCAGCAGCAGCAGCGCCAGACCCCCACUUCCCAGCAGCUUCUUGACUGGUAG